CGCCGUCCCCCUCACCCGCAGGCCCCAGCAGCUCGCGACUUCGCGAGGGGGAAAGCGGCAGCGCGGCGCGGAACCGAGUAGCCCCCAUAUCUCCUUCUCCCGCCGCCUCGUGAUCCUCCUCCUCCCCCUCCUCCACCUUCCAGAACCUUCUCGACCCUCCCGCCCCCGAAGAACCCCAAGGCGGCGACCCCACGUCGCUCUCCCCCUCCCUCUCCCCUCUCAACCUCCUGCGGUAGCCUCGCCGCCCCGUUCCACUGGUGGGCUCCGGGAGGAGGAGCAGCGGGAACCCUAGGGGGCGGCCGCCCCCAGCCGCCCGGCUGCUCCGCAUGUCCCCGGGGGUCUAGAAUUCUCGGGGAACCCUAAUUAGAGCGCGACCUUGGGGGGCGUUGGAGAGUGAGAGAGAGGGGGAGAUACCUUCCGCCAAACCCUAGGGGGACUUGGGUGGGGGGCGAUGGCGGGGGAGCUAGGGCAGCAGACGGUGGAGCUAGGCGCGGUGGUGCGGCGGGCGGCGGAGGAUUCGUACCUGGCGCUGCGGGAGCUCGUGGAGAAGUCGCGGGUGGAGGCCGAGGGGAAGAACGGGCAGCAGAGGUCGGACACCGAGAAGAAGAUCGACCUGCUCAAGUUCAUCGACCGCACCCGCCAGCGCAUGCUCCGGCUCCAUGUCCUCGCCAAGUGGUGCCAGCAGGUUCCUUUGGUUCAUUAUUGCCAGCAACUUGCAUCAACCCUCUCUAGCCAUGAGACAUGCUUCACCCAAACAGCCGAUUCGCUGUUCUUUAUGCAUGAAGGGUUGCAACAGGCCCGCGCUCCCAUUUUUGAUGUUCCAUCUGCUAUAGAAGUCCUACACACAGGGAGUUAUAGGAGAGUGCCAAAAUGUGUUGAGGAAAUUGGUACUCAGAACACACUUUUUCAAGAUGAACAAAAGCCUACUUUGAAGAAAUUAAGCACCCUUGUACGGGCUAAGUUACUUGAAAUCUCACUUCCUAAGGAAAUAUCUGAGGUUUCGGUGACUGAUGGAAUAGCCAAUGUUCAGGUAGAUGGAGAAUUUAAAGUUCUUAUUACAUUAGGUUACCGUGGGCAUUUCUCACUAUGGAGGAUAUUGCACAUGGAGUUACUUGUUGGUGAGAAGGCUGGGCCAAUUAAGCUUGAAGAGACAAGGAGAUAUGCUCUUGGUGAUGAUAUUGAACGGAGAAUGGCUGUGGCUGACAAUCCUUUCAUGAUUUUGUAUACAAUACUCCAUGAACUAUGUAUUUCACUUGUUAUGGAUACUGUAAUUAGACAGACAAAUGUUCUACGACAGGGCAGGUGGAAAGAUGCGAUAAAAUCUGAACUUAUCUCAGAUAUCGGCACAGGACAAGGUGGAAGUAAUGCUGUAAUGCAGCUUGGUCAAGAUGGGGAGCUUGAUUCAAGUGGGUCUAGGAUACCUGGUCUGAAAAUUAAUUACUGGCUAGAGGAAAAAAACAAUGCUUCAGCUGAAUCAGAUUCAUCUCCAUAUAUUAAAAUUGAGGCAGGGCAAGAUAUGCAGAUAAAGUGUCAGCACAGCUCUUUCGUAUUGGAUCCAUUUACAGAUAAAGAAGCUGAUCUUUCUAUUGAUCUGAGUUGCAUUGAUGUUGAAGCUCUAAUUUUGAAAGCAAUUGCUUGCAAUAGGCACACACGUCUUCUGGAAAUUCAAAGGGAAUUGAUGAAAAAUGUUCAGAUGUCACAAUCAUCCACUGAGGUUAUCCUGAAGCGAGAAGUUCAUGGAGAGGGCUUUCAGAAGAGAGUACAUAGAAGAGACUCCAAUGAUUGUUGUACAAAUGAAAUGCUUCAAGUUAGGGCAUAUGGACAAUCAUAUAUUGACCUUGGAAUAAAUAUCAGGAAUGGUCGCUUUCUCCUCCAGUCACUGGGGAAUAUAUUGCCACCUUCAGCAGUGUUAGACUCAGAGGAAGCUCUGAACAAGGGGAGUACAACAGCAACUGAUGUUUUUGUGAGUUUAAGGACCAGAAGCAUCCUCCACUUAUUUGCUGCCACUGGAAGUUCUUUGGGCCUAAAGGUUUACUCUCAGUCGCAAGUUACUCUGAAGAUUGCGAAGUCAAUACUAUGUGGCUCAGAAUUCAUGGUCAUGGGAUUUCCUCAAUGCGCAAAUGCCUAUUAUCUGUUGAUGCAACUUGAUAAGAGCUUUAAGCCUGUUUUUUGUUUGCUUGAGAUACAAAGUAAUGAAGGUGACAAUAAUAAUGCUGAUGCAACUACUGAUGCUAAAGAAGCUAUAAGGUUUAUCAGGAUUGACAUUAACAAAUUAAAAAUAGAUGAAGAUGUGCAAAUUGGCAAUUUUUUUGAUAAAGAUAAAUUACUGGCGCUACAAAAUGUGGAAGAUAGACCUCAAAGACAAAGUGGAGCUGAUGAGCCUCUUCCUGCACGACCUUCAUUUUUUUCCAUUGUUGAUGAAGUAUUUCGAUGUGACAGAGGUUCUCCAAUAACAGAAAGUCAACGACUCCCACCCAAUAGUUUACCCUCUAGUCAUUCGAGUUAUCAAGUUGGUCUUCAUGGGUUUAGUGGUGGAGCUGGCUCACCUGAUCAAGAUUAUGGGUCUCUACAAUCUAACAUUAAUGCUGCAAAAGUUACUUCUGGUACUGGUUUGAACAAUUAUCUGCUCAGUAAUUCAAAGAAUGCACAAAGUACAAGUGCCUUCUCUGGUUCAGUUCCUGCAGGUUUGGGUAAUGUCUCCAGUUCACGCUCUGAAGGUGCAUAUAAAAAGCGUUCUCUUUCUGAGUUCUUGCAAAAUAUCCCAUCGUCAAAGCAAUCUAUAAUUGGUGAUGGGCCAGGUAAGAGAAGAAAGCUGUCAGAAUUUAUGCUGGAUGGCCUUCCUUUGAAGGCUAAUUCACCCAACAUGCAACCUAGGACGUCCCUCACCUAUGGAAAAUUACUUGAAGAAGUAAAUAAUUGCAUUACAGCGAAUAUUUAUUCCUCUGUGCUUCUUCAUGUCAUAAAGCACUGUUCAAUUUGCAUUAAAUAUGCUCAGUUGACUGCUCAGAUGGAUUCUCGUAAUAUUCCACAUGUAGAAGAAGUGGGCAUGCCGACAUCAUCCUCUAAUCUUUGGUUGCGCUUACCUUUUGCUCACGAUGCUUCCUGGAAACAUAUUUGCUUACACCUUGGUAAAGCUGGAAGUAUGUCUUGGGAUGUUCGGAUCAAUGAUCCACACUAUGGUGCACUGUGGAAACUCCAUGGUGGUAGCACUACUACAGAAUGGGGUUCUGGUGUUCGUGUUGCAAACACAUCUGAGGUGGAUUCACAUAUCUCUUUUGAUGAUGAUGGGGUCCUCUUGACUUACAACACUGUUGAGGCUGAUAGUAUACAGAGGCUUGUCUCAGAUUUACAACGCCUCUCACAUGCUCGUGCAUUUUCUUGUGGAAUGCGGAGAUUGAUCGGUGUAAAAUUAGAUGGCAAGCUAGCUGAGCAUCAGACAGCUGCAGAGACAAAAUUACACUCUAGAAGAAAAGCUAGCAGGGACAGGUUAUCUGAACAGAUGAGGAAAACUUUUAGAAUUGAGGCUGUUGGUUUGAUGAGCUUGUGGUUCAGUUAUGGUGCUGUGCCUAUGGUUUACUUUGUCGUUGAAUGGGAGACCGGUAAGAGUGGUUGCACAAUGCGAGUUUCUCCAGAUCAACUAUGGCCACACACGAAGUUUUUGGAAGAUUUUGUGAAUGGGGAUGAGAUAGCAUCAUUCUUGGAUUGCAUCAGGCUCACAGCAGGACCUUUACUUGCCCUUGGCGGCGCUAUUCGUCCUGCAAAGAUGCCUGUAACUGUUCCUGCCGGUUACAGUGCUCUACCAAAGCAAAACAAUAUUCUUACAACAGCGGGAUCAGCAAACAGUCUAUCAUCAAGUACUGUGCACAAUAUGUCUGUCCCGCAGGGUGCUGCAGUAGCACAUUCAAACAGCCAGCUUCAGACUUCUUCCAUGCUGUCUGUUGCAGGACGGACUGCUCCUGGACUAGUUCCUAGCUCCUUGCUACCUUUUGAUGUUUCUGUUGUGCUCCGUGGGCCUUACUGGAUACGUAUUAUAUACCGCAACAAGUUCUCUGUUGACAUGCGCUGCUUUGCUGGGGAUCAGGUCUGGCUUCAGCCAGCAACACCUCCUAAAGGUGGACCUUCAGUUGGUGGAUCAUUACCUUGCCCACAAUUUCGACCUUUCAUAAUGGAACAUGUUGCACAGGGUCUAAAUGCUCUGGAGCCAAAUCUGCUGAAUGCUAGACAUACUGGUCCACCGUUGAAUGCCAGUGCCAACACUGUUUCUGGAAACCAACAAUUAGCUUCUGCUCCUAACCGUUUUGGUGGUGCUCCUGGGGUAGCUAGGCCAACUUCAACUGUUGCUAACCAGGUAGCAAGUAGUUUGAGUCGUGCAGGCAAUGCCAUGAUGCCUUCGGGAUUUGCUUCAGGAAUUGCUGGAGCUCCUGCGCACCUUUCUCCUGGAAACGUUCCUGCUCAUAUGAAAGGAGAGUUGAACACAGCUUUUAUUGGGCUUGGUGAUGAUGGUGGCUAUGGUGGUGGCUGGGUUCCUCUUGCUGCUCUUAAGAAGGUUUUGCGAGGCAUCCUUAAGUACCUUGGAGUUCUAUGGUUGUUUGCGCAGUUGCCUGAUCUCCUGAAGGAAAUACUGGGUUCAGUUUUGAAAGAUAAUGAAGGCGCACUUCUAAAUUUAGAUCAUGAGCAACCGGCAUUGCGCUUCUUCGUGGGUGGUUAUGUAUUUGCUGUUAGUGUUCAUAGAGUUCAACUGCUGCUUCAAGUUCUCAAUGUGAAACGGUUUCACCAUCAGCAACAACAGCAACAGCAAACUCCUCAGAACAAUGGCCAGGAAGAGCUAACAGUUCCUGAGAUAAGCGAGAUCUGUGACUAUUUCAGCAGACGUGUUGCCUCUGAACCCUAUGAUGCUUCUAGGGUUGCAUCUUUUAUCACUUUGCUUACUUUGCCUAUUUCAGUUCUUCGAGAAUUUAUAAAACUAAUUGCAUGGAAGAAAAGUUUGCCCCAAGCUCAUGCGGACAAUGCUACUACACACAGGGCACGGAUUGAGAUCUGUUUGGAAAAGCACCCUAGAUUGGUUUCAGAUGAUUACACUGCAAGCUCUUCAUCAUCAAAGAGCAAUAUUCAUCAUGAUAGAGCCAACAAUUCAGUAGAUUUUGCCCUAACUUUUGUACUUGAUCAGGCCCUUGUACCCCACAUGAGCAUAUCUGGUGGAGCUGCUUGGUUGCCAUAUUGUGUUUCUGUGAGAGUAAGGUACACCUUUGGAGAAGAUAGUCACAUUGCAUUCCUUGCAAUGGAUGGGAGCCAUAGCGGCAGGGCUUGUUGGUUACAACAUGAGGAUUGGGAGAGGUGUAAACAGAGGGUUUCCAGAGCAGUGGAGACUAUGAAUGGGUCCGCAGCAGUUGGAGAUAUGAGCCAGGGAAGACUGAGGAUGGUUGCUGAGAUGGUUCAAAAGCAACUGCAACUCAGCCUAUUGCAGCUUAGAGAUAGCCCAGUCUCUACUGGCUCUGCCGCAUCAUGAAAUGAAUAUUUAGAUCUCAACGGCGUUUAUACUUUGGAUAACAUGGCCAUGCCGAACGUGGUGUUCAGUACUGAACGGAUGCAAAGAUGUCUAUAUUUCAAGGCAAUGUCUGAUAGUGAAUUUUUUCAGCCAAUAUUCAUAAUUCUAGUGCCAUAAUUUUAUUGCCAGGCGAACAUCUCAUAAUUUUGUACAGUAAUAUUGGUAACUAGUGUGGUGCUGACCUCAGUUCACCCUGCAUCUUCCAGAACCAUGUUAAAGCAUGCCAUAGCAUCUCAGGAACUAGUCAUGACAGGCUAGGCAGUAUAACGUAGCAGCUCGUGACUAACUGGAGCAGCUCUUUGAUGGUAUUUCAUUGACAAAGCAUCUGAACUGGGAGUCGUUUGGUUGGUGAUCUCGGAACUUAACCUGGUCUACAACUACAACUCUACAUUUGUCUUGCAGGCAGGAAGGAACUCAAUACAAUAUUUGUAUUUAUACUUGAGCUCCCUCCAACUCAUAAUAGUGGUAUUUCUAAACGCAACCUGUAAAAGGGCGCAACAAUUUUGAGCAUCGCAUGCAGCAUGCAUCAUGGGAGCUUAUCAAAUGAUGAUACCCAUUGAUCUAUGGUUGAUUUUGAGAAAUUGUAGAGAAAGAUAAAAGCAUUGUAAUCUGAAAUUUGGUGCUUGUGGAUUUGGAUUUAAAGAGAUGACAAACAAAAUAGUCGGGCAAUGCUUGUGCUGCUGAAUGGUUCAAAAUGAUGCUCGUGUACUAGUUGGGAUAUGGUUUGUGCUAUUGAUUUAUGAGGGGGCAUAUUGCACAUUGACAUUUAGCACUGUAGUAUUAGAAUCAAAGAUGUCUGAAAGAAAAUUGCGUUCUGUCUGUAAAAUUAAGAAACCGUAGUUACUUAGAA